UUUCAAAGCAUGAUCAUGUUUCCCUUUUUCAACACAGCGUUUCUUAGAGAGUGGGAGGCCAACCAAAAAGAAAGCGUUGGACCAUCAUAACUUUAUACCCAAAUGUUUUGCUGAAAAAUUGGCAAAACUGAAAAAUUGAACAAGCAAAAAUGGUUCUUACUUGGGUGGCGGGAGCUACUAACGCAGAGAGGGCGCUGGCAAACAAUCAAAAGCUCGAUCAAGAUCAAAUUAAAGUCAGGCCUGAGGAUGUUUCAACUGCACUGAUAGAAGAAGACUUCGAUCUUGAAACAUUCAAGCAUUUCUUUGAUGAUGAUGCAUGGGCAUCGGUCGCGAGUCUUGUUUCAGUUAUGAAAGGGCUUGGGAAAAAGAAAAAAAUCGUCUACAUAUGUCACGAAUGUGACAAAACAUUUGGCGAUGACGGUUUGGUCUUCUGCAAUUCUUGCAGGGAGUGGCUUCACUUUCGAUGUGAAGGCCUCAAAGAAAGAGGACCUAUUAGUAAUAAUUAUUUUUGCAAACAUUGUUAUGCUGAGGCAAAGAAGAAGUAAUUUACAGUAUUCAUAGCUUAAGUUUCGUU